UUACAUUAAAGGGAUAGGUGCUGGGAAAAGGCUUUGGACGUUAUAGGAUAGCUCAAUUUUGUUCAAGGCUAAACUGGAUCAUGUACAGGGAAGGCUCGGAAUUUAGGGUGUUAAAAUGUAUCGUUGAAACGUAACCGACAAAAUACGCCGGAUUCGCAAGGGCUUAUUUCAGGAUGCUGAUUUGCAGUAUUUGCUUACUGUCUGUAGCCGCGAUACAAAGGUUUACUUUUAAUUUCACCUUGUGCUUAACCACAGCUUUUGCCAUAUUGCAGAGUUUGAGGAGAUCGCUUGAAAUGACACAUGAUAAUUUGGAGUGUCAGAAGAGGGUUGUUCGGAAAGGUGUUCCCCUCAUUUGGCGAGCACUCGCCCCCACUGAAGGGGAGAAAUGAGAUUUUGAGUGACAUGUGUGAAGCCAGGAUGGAAUGGAUAGUAUGUGACGUGGGAAAGCAAGUGCAUUCGCUGGAGGAAAAAAAAAAAAAAAAUGUCAUGCCGUGGCACACUUAAUUCAAACGUGAAGGCUUUACAUGGCAUUUACUCCUAGCAGAAUUGCCGCUGUGAAGGAUAUUCUGCAGCAAUUCCAAUGCACACGGCUGAAGUAUAUCGAGACGCAAUGCAAAUGGUAGAGAUGACGUCUGAAAGAGAUCAACUGGCAUGCAAGCUGCUGUUGGAUGUGUUUCCAAGUCCAUCUUUAAUUUUUUCAAACUAAUGUGAAUACCAGUUUGUCUUGCUAAUCUUAGUAAAUACUGACUGAGACCCAUAACUGUUUCCAGAGGGUGGGAUACAGUGGAAUCUAUGUGCACCUGGGAGAAGAAAUCCACACACAAUGGACUCUGUGUUCAUGUCAACAGCAGAAAAACGAAGAUGAGAUUUCUGACAGCCUAUCUCAGUCCCCCAAGACCAAGAGAAAACUGCUGUAGUUCAACCUGCCAAAAUCUGUGGGAAGAUUAUUUUGAACAAAAAUGUUCUCAGAUUCUUGCAAACGGACAGGAAAACACAUGUUGGAUGGCUUGAAGAGAUACUGCCAUGUUGUUUUUUUUCUUCUUCUUGGAAUCCAUUGUGGAAAGACGAGAGAAUCAAGUUAUUGUUGAAGAGAAUAAGCCUGUUUUCACAAUACUGUUGAGAUCAUCUAAUGGAUUUCUGUUGAGGCGGACAUACAGAGUGCAGUGGCCUAUGUCGCAGGAGUGCUAUUAAGAGAGGGGUCCUCCACAGACUGAAUUUAGAGGAUGAGGACACCAAGAAGACAAUGAUGCAUGUUAAAAUGAAUUCAGGUCGAUGGAAAACUUCAAGUGAAGGCUCACUUCAUUCCACCUAAACCUGCCUGUUGGAGUUGCAAGGGCUGUUGAGAAGGCAACGUGUUCACUUGGGAGUGCCAAAUCCUUUUGGCUUUGGGUUGCGUUGGCUUUUGGCCGGGGAUCUACUUGUGGGUUCUGUGUUUCGUUCUCCAUUUUGGCUUGGUUUCUGAUUAUGUGCUUUGGACUUCAUUGAGUUUUGCGGGAUCGUUUGGUUUACCUGUGGAUCUUCUCCAGUGCGCACAACUGGUCUCCUGUCUGGCGGACUGCAGAGACCCCUUUGGGUCCUGCCCGUGACACCUUGGUUUGGUUGAGGCUUGCCAGGAGGACGUCUCGGUGGGAUUUUGUUCUGCUUGCGAAAUGGAUGUCUCGCGCUCUGUUGGACUCCGCAAAAAGAGGAGGUCAAGGUCAGAGAGGGACCGGGAGAGGAGGUCCAAGGGGCUACGGAACAACCACGUGAGGGCCAGCGUGCUUCGUUUUUCCUCGGAUUCGGAGAGGGAGGAGAGCAGGAACCCCUCGUCCUCCCGGCCCAGACCGCCCAGGAGGAAGAGGAAGGAGUCUACGUCAGCUGAGGAGGACAUCAUCGAUGGCUUUUCGAUUUCUGGCUUCAUGUCCCUGGAAGCCUUACAGAAGGACAUGUCUCUGAAGCCACAGGAGCAUGCGGACAGCCAGCCCGGGCCCCUGCACAAGAGGAGGCUGGGAAGGGUGGCCAACGGCCUGAGCCUGGGCCCGCGGAAGUCCCGCCACCUCCACCAACACUCGGACCAGGAGAACAACCCCCGGCUGGCCCACACGCUCAGCAAGAAGAGGAGACUGCAGAAGAAGCACCGACCGCUGAAGCCGGGACAGAACAACUGCAAGGACAGCGACAGCGAGAGUGUCAGUGGAGAGUCCAAGCCGUCCUUCCAGAGCAGCUCCCGAGACCAGCUGAGUGAUUGUGACAGCGAGAGUGACCGAGAAGACAAGGGCUCCGAUGCCAGCUCAGAGAAGCUCUUCAGCACUGUUACUAAUAAAGUUCCGGAUUUCAGCGUCGCCACACUCGCCCCGAAUGACAGCCAAGAAGCACGAGGCCUGGGCCUCCCCAAGGUGUCGGGCCUAGAGAGGAGCCAGGAGCGGAGCAAGGAGAGCGGCAAGGAGCCUUCCCUUCUGGUGCCCGGCCUGCCCAAACAGCCCGUCCCAGAGGCCCCGGCCCCAGCCGCGGCCCCUCUCCCUAGCCCCGCCCCUCGAGCGGAGCCUGCCCCGCCCCUCCAGUCCCCCGCCUCGGCCCCGCCCCGACAGCAGGGCCCGGAGCCCCCUCCGACGGCCCCGCCCCGGCCCCGUGCCCCGCCCCUGCAGCAGCCCGAGCCCCCGUCUCACCCCCGCCCCCCUCCCACCCCCAACCCCCACCGGCACACGCCCUCUCCCGCCCUCCCGGCCAACCCCAGCCAGCCUGGGCCCCACCGGCCCCCGUCCCGCUGCCUGCCCAGGCCCCUGUCUUCGUACGGCAGCAACCACAGCCUCAACUGCAUAAGCAGCAGCCGGAGCAGCACCCCGGGCAAGCCUCACGGCCCCCAGCCGCCCCCGCACCUACCCCAGCACCCGCCCGGCUCAGCCUUCCCCCUCCCCCUCCCCACCCAGACCGCGGCCCACAGCUUCCCGCCGGCCCCCCUGCAGUCCUCGCCGCACCCCAAUAUGUUCGCGCCUCCAGCCGCCUUGCCUCCACCUCCACCGCUCACGUCAAGCACUCUGCCGGUCCCCGGACACCCCGCGGGCGGUCCUUACUCAGAACAAGACCUGCUGCGGCAGGAGCUGAACACCCGAUUCCUCGCCUCGCAGAGCGCCGACCGCGGGGCGUCCCUGGGCCCGCCGCCCUACCUGCGCACCGAGUUCCACCAGCACCAGCACCAGCACCAGCACCAGCACCAGCACACCCACCAACACACCCACCAGCACACCUUCACCCCCUUCCCCCACGCCAUCCCGCCCUCCGCCAUCAUGCCCACCCCUGCACCACCCAUGGUGCGUACCCCGGCCAGAAAUUUUGACAAAUACCCUACAAAAGUCGAUCCCUUCUACAGACACAGUCUCUUUCACUCCUACCCUCCGGCUGUGUCCGGGAUCCCCCCCAUGAUCCCCCCCACGGGGCCGUUCGGCUCUCUGCAGGGGGCCUUCCAGCCCAAGACCUCGAACCCGCUGGACGUGGCCUCCAGGCCUGGCGCAGUACCACACACGCUCCUGCAGAAGGACCCCAGGUUGACGGAUCCUUUCCGGCCCAUUCUGAGGAAACCCGGAAAGUGGUGCGCGAUGCAUGUCCACAUUGCCUGGCAGAUUUAUCACCACCAGCAGAAAGUGAAGCAACAGAUGCAGGUCGACCCUCACAAGCUGGACUUUGGGCUCAAGCCGGAAUUCCUCAGUCGACCCCCUGGCCCCAGCCUUUUUGGUGCAAUCCAUCACCCCCACGACUUGGCACGUCCCGCGACCCUCUUCUCUGCUGCAGGUGCUCCACACCCUGCUGCCGCACCCUUCGGACACCCGCCCCACCACCCCAGCAACUUCCUCACCCCGGCGCCUCAUUUAGAGCCCUUCAGCAGACCGCCGUCGUUCGGGGGUCUGGCCACCCUGAGCACAGCGGCGUUUGGCGGCCUGGGGAACCCGGCACUGACGCCCAACUCUGUAUUCGGGCACAAAGACGCCCCCGGCGCACAGCAGCACUUCAGUAACCCCCACGAGCCCUGGAACAGGCUCCACCGCACCCCGCCCUCCUUCCCCACGCCCCCGCCCUGGCUCAAGCCCGGAGAAUCCGAACGGAGCUCCUCGGUGACCGGGCACGACCGCGACCGCGACCGCGAGAGGGAUACGGACAAGCGGGACUCCUCCGUCAGCAAAGAGGACAAAGAAAGGGAAGCCAUGGAGAAGCGGCACCAGAGCCACCCGUCCCCAGCCCCCGUCAACUCCAUCGGCCUGCUAGGUCACAACCGCUCCUCCGACCCCCCGCCCCGGAGCCACCUCCCCGGCGAGCCCCGGGACAAGGACAAGCCCAAGGACCGGGAGCGGGAGCGGGAACGUGACCGGGACCACGCCGACUCCUGGAAGGACUCCAACCCCGAGGAGCACAAGCUGAAGGAGAGCCAGCACAACGAGAAGGAGGCGCCCGUCAUCCAUGACAACCGCGUCGCCCCCGACGACAAGCCCGCCAGCCGGGUGACCCCGCCCUACAUGCGGCCCCCGGGGCUGGAGCGGCACGGCCGCGAUUCGGGCGGAGGAGGAGGAGGAGGAGGAGGGGAGAAGAAGGGCGAGGCAGCGUACGAGCACCAGAAGAAAGGAGGCGAGGUGAAGGUGAAGGAGGAGAGGAAGGAGGAGCAGGAGGCGCAGAACGACGGCCCCCCUCCCCACCGGGCCCCGGAGCACCCGCCCCAGCCGCCCCCGCACCCCCACCCGCCCCCGGCCCCUCACCCUCCACCCCCCUCCUCGGUGGCCUCCAUGUCGGUCCCCGUGGGCAUGGCCGGGGUCCACCCCAUGAACAGCAUCAGCGGCCUGGAGAGGACUCGCGUGGUCGCCCCCUUCAUGGGCAUCAGCCCCAUCCCGGGGGCCGAGAGGUUCCCCUACCCCGCCUUCCACUGGGACCCCAUGAGGGACCCCCUGAGGGACCCCUACAGGGGGCUGGACAUCCACCGGCGCGACCCCCUGGCCCGGGACCUCCUGCUGAGGAACGACCCCCUGCACCGGCUGGCGGGCCCCCGGCUGUACGAGGUGGAGCGGUCGUACCGCGACCGCGAGCCGCACGACUACAACCGCGAGCACCACCACCACCACCCCCACCCGCUGGCCCUGGAGCACCGGCGCGAGCAGGAGCGCGCCCAGCUGGAGGAGCGCGAGCGUCUGCACAUGCUCAGAGAGGACUACGAGCACGCCCGGCUGCACCCCAUGCACCACGCCGUGCUCGACCCCCACCAGCUGCACCCGGGCCUCAUGACCCCCGGGCUUCCCAGCAUGCACUACCCCCGGGUCAGCCCCUCGCAGGCGCAUCAGAACGGCAUCCUCAACAAAACCCCGCCCACCGCCUCGCUCAGCGCCCCGCCCCCCCUGAUCCCCACCCUGGGGGCGCGGCCGGGCUCCCCCCGAAGGACUACGCCCCUGACGACGGACCUUAGAGACAGGCCGCCCUCCCACACUCACAAAGACAUCGAAGCGCGGUGAAGCCCCGAGCCAGCGGACGCCCUGAAACCUCGUGCCUGACUGACGGACGGACACUGAACGUCGAGCACUUAGCAUCAGGCACACAGAGACCCUACCGUAGCUAUGUACAAAUUUGACAAUGGGCUAAGGGAGAUGGGGAAAAUUACUGAUGUUUUUGUAAAAAAGAAAAAAAAAAAAAGAAAAAAAAUGGAACAAAAACAAUUUAAAAUUUUACAAACAUUUUAUCCAGUUUGCUCCUGCUUUUUGUGUGUAUCCUUUUAUUUGUACAGAAACCCCUGGUUUUCCCCCCCGACACUCGGCCGAGACACCCUAAGCGAAGAUCGAUUUUGGAAUGUACAGGCGCUCAAAAUCGUUUUUGGGAAGAGACGGAAAGGCUUUGUAGAUAACGUGUACAGUCAGCGUGCUUGCCCCCUAAGGUUUUAAUUCGAGGUACAGUACAAAUAUGCAAAAGGGUGUAACGAGAGCUUUACUUUUCAACAAAUGUACAUAGAGACGGGAGAGAGGCGAGGGGCGGAGCCUUAGGCGGAUUUGUUUUGCUGUCGCGGCCUGCUUGUUCUGUACGAGGUCAGCACCGUUAACACAGACCACCCUCCAACUAUGCAAUGAAUGUUCCGGCUUUCCCUCCGAAAGCCGCCAUUUCUCAAAGGAGCCUUUUUCACUAUCCAGACUUACCAAGAACAGCUGUGUUCUCUCCACUCCCACCACCUUUUAUGCGAGUGCUUUUUCAAAGUUCAAAUUAAUGCUAUUAGUUAAAUAACUUGACCCCGUUCCCUGAUUGGCUAAAUAAGGAAAAUGUUAUACAGUUCAUUCCUGAAUGUAAUUUGGUUGCUGGUGACAAUCCUUAAACUUGCAUUUUUGAAAUAUAUAUAUAUAUAUAUACAGAUAUGUAUAUCUGUGAAAAUAUUAAAUAUGAAUGAAAAGAAUCCCAUUGAAGUGACCAAUCCAUUACAGAUCCAUCUCUUCCUGCUACUCUUUUAUUAGUAGGCUACAUUUUUCCAUCACUUUCAUCUUUUUUGAGUGGAGAGAAUAUGGUUCAAACACGACAAGACAGAAAACAUUUCUUCUAAAGGAGUGUAAAGUAUGUGUAUGAAAAUAAAAUUAGUUCCGUUGGUCUAACAGUGUAUUAAAGUGCUAUCCCAAGUUGAUGUAUCUACAAAAAAAACCAUGAAAAGACAAAAAAGCGACGCCUAACUAUGAACAGUUUGUUUCUAAUGAGCAGAGUUCUAUUUUAGUAUAGUCCCCUGAAGGUUUAGUUGUGCGCUUCAAACUGUGUGAAAUCCAGAUGUUGUGCAGUGUUUUUUAUCAAACAAAAAAUGUACACUGGAGCAGUAGUGUUAGUUAAUGAGUAUUGCAAAGAGAUUGUUAACAAAAACUUUUUUGCUGUUUAUCAUGUACGUAAAAUGAAGUCCUUUCUAGAUCUUUCUAGAUCAUUAUGUAAAAAAAAAAAAACAAGCGAAGCGACUGAAUCUUCAGCAUGUUCCUCAUUUAAACUUGUGUUAUGUAAAUUGUGCCAUGUUAUUAAAAAAUGUGAAUUAAGGAA